AUGUCAACCAAUCUAAGUAUAAAUGAGAAAGUUGAUUCAAUAAAACAAGAUCUUAAACAAGCAGAAGAAGAUGCUUUCACGCUUAGAGAAAUGUCGGAAAAGGAUCGUUUGGGUAACCUUGGUGUCAUUGAUGAUAAAUACGAUGUUGCGAUUUCAACCGCCUGUCCUGCAUCUGUGUUACAAAACAUUCUGGUUGCCCAAAAUCUACAACAAACGAAUCAGAUCGCAUUUACUAGUACUCGAUGGCGC